AUAUCUCUAGCUAGCCUGGAACUCCCUAUGUAGACCAGGCUGGCCCAAGUGCUGGGGUUAAAGGCAUAUGUCACUAUGCCUGGCGUAUGUCACUAUGCCUGUCUUUCUCUUUCUAUUUUUGAUACUGGAAUGGACCCCUGGGUGCAUUUCAGACUGGUCUAGUGCUGGACACCACACCACCCACAGCCUUCAUUUUCUUUUGUGUUAUGUUGCUGUUGUUUAGUUUUGAGCCCUGCGUAGCCUAGGUUGGAGUUACAGUCACUGGGAUCCUCCUGUUUCAGCCUCCUGCGUGCUGGGAUAACACUUUGCCCCCCCCCCCCAAAUGAAUGUAUCUCUGUUCCUUUAUCAUCGCUUUAACCAGAGCCUGUCACAGUCCAGGUCCCAGCUCCCGGUAUGUCCUGGCAACCCCCCUAAAACUCCCAGGGGCUUUCUUGGUGCUUUGCAGCUUGGCGGGAGGAGGGGCGUGUUCCUGUAUGUCCAGCUGUCCCUGGGGGUUUCCCUGGGUUUCCUGAGCGGUCUCCAGGUACCUCGGGAGUUCUUAUGGCCCCAGGGCUAGCAACUGUCUGAAGGCGGGGGCUUCUCCCUCCAUCCACCAAGGGCCAGAGAGCUGGGGUGCGUGUGGGUGACAAGAGGGUCACCAUCAUCCUGCGCUGCGAACCCCUCUGGGCCUGUGCUCCUCUGUCUCUGUCUCUCUCAGUCUCUGUCUCUGUCUCUCCCUUCCCGUCCCCCUUCCUGGGGUUUCCCCGUAAGUUUCCCAUCAUCACCCCGGCCGGCCGGAAGGAAGGACUGCGCACCCCGCAGUGCUGGGAAGGCCGGGGUCACUUCUUCCUUUCCGAGCCCUCCCUCUGCCCCACCCAACCUCACACUCCGGGAGCUGGGAACAAGCUCUGAGCCUCCUGUACCGUCCUCAUCUCCAUUGCAUCCUGUCGGGACCUGUUGAGAAGUCCCCCUCAGCCCCCAGCCUGGAGAUGGACCCUCGUCUCUUGCUGACACUCACCCUGUGGGCCAGCUGCUCCCCUGGCCGCCCAGAGACAGUAGCUCUUAGCCAGCCCAGGGUGAGGUGCCGUGCCUCUCGGUAUCCCGUGGCCGUGGACUGCUCCUGGACACUGCUGCCAGCUCCCAACUCCACCUCAGGGGCCACGACCUUCAUCGCCUCAUACAGGCUCGGUGUGACCAUCCAGCAGGAGAGCCAGCUCUGUGUGCAGCUGACCCCGGAGGCCACCAGCUGCAGCAUUCCUGAUGUGCACCUGUUCUCCGCAGUCCCCCAUGUUCUCAACGUCACCGCGCUCAACCCAGGCGGUGCCACCAGCAGUUUCCUGGCCUUUAUAGCUGAGCAUAUCAUCCAGCCCGACCCCCCAGAAGCUGUGGUCCUGAGCCGGGUCCCUGGACAGCGGCUGCAGGUGCAGUGGCAGCCCCCUAGCUCCUGGCCUUUCCCAGAGGUUUUCUCUCUCAAGUACCGAAUUCGCUACAGGCGACAUGGUGCCUCCCGCUUCCGCCAGGUAGGGCCCAUCGAAGCCACGACCUUCACCCUCAGGGCCACGCGGCCCCAUGCUAGGUACCACAUCCAGGUGUCAGCACAGGACCUCACCAACUAUGGGGAACCCAGUGACUGGAGCCUUCCCGCUGUGACUCUGGACAAGUAGUAGGGACUUCCUAGCACCCUGAAAGAGGGCCUGGGUUCUUGAAAUCAUGAAAUCCUGUUGUCUACUUGAAAGUGAAUCGGAUCCACCUGUCCUGGGUUCGAAUCCAGACUUUUUAUCUGCUGAGCUACUGAGCAACCUUGGACAACUGACUUUACCUCUCUGGGCCUCAAUUUCCAAACCUGUGAAGUGGGGUCAACCUUACUGUUUCAGCAGUGUUGGAACUGUCAAUGUGAUUUAUGUUUAAUUAGAACAUUUAAUUAAAUGAGAAUUAUUG